AUGGACUUUCCCACCGUAUUCUCGUUCGUGCACGCCGUCAUCGCCCUGCUCGGAAUGUCGUCCAACCUACUGCUCAUCUACAUGGCACUCUUCGAAACGCCACGCGUCAUCCGUGCCUAUGCCACGUUGAUCGUCAACUUUGCCCUCACCGACUUUUGCGCGUGCCUCUUCGAUCUGUUCGUGCAGCAGAGAAUCGUUCCGGCCGGACUCACACUCGGCUACGUCUCCAACGGAUUCUGCAAGUACUUUGGACACACCACGUGCUACUUCGGGUCGGUUUCUCCCAUUUCAUUCUUGUCAACUGACUCGUUUUCCUUUUCAGGUACAGCCUCAUGUUGCACUUCCUCUCUCACUCGCUCUGGUCCCUUCUUCUCUCCUUCUCCUACCGCUACUACAUCCUGUUCCGACCUGCUCCGUCCCGUGCCACAUUAGUCAUCAUCACUUUCAUUAUCUAUCUGCCCUCCCUCUUGCAAUUCGUUUCGUUCCUUUGGGCGCAGGAUGAUCCUGAAUUGAUCAUGAAGAUCCUUCACUCCAAGUUCCCCGAGUACGAUCUCAAGGGACACUGUGUCACUGGAACUGUGAACAUUGUCCGCUUCUCCGCCCUCUUCACCAUCCUCCACAUGACCGUUCCGAUCACUCCCGUCUACAUUUGCAUUCUGAUCCUCCGUCGAAAAAUCAUCUCACAACUCAGUUAUCAGGGGGUGAACAUCACAAAGGACACGAGGAAUCUUCACUCUCAACUUCUUAUGGUACCGAUUCCUAGUACUCUUUUCGCUUACUUUACAACAUUUUAGGCACUGACCUACCAAGCUGCAAUUCCGGGUUUCUACCUGUUCGGCGUCGCUUCCUACGCCAUCGGCCAAAUCGGAAUCUACAAUCAUCCGGUGCUCGAGUACUUCACAUUCUCCUCCUUCCUCUUCAUUCCCGUCCUCUCGCCGCUCGCCUCGUUCAUUUUUGUGACUCCGUAUCGGAGAUUCAUCAAGAAAUCGCUGUGCAAGAUGGCAAAAGUGGACCCGCAGGAGACGUCGUCGACUCCGCACAACUACACCAGUCACAUUCAUGUCAUUGGAUAA